GGAUGUCCACGGACGGUGGCUUCGGCACGGCCGGGAACAGCGAUGCCCAGCAAAGCCUCCAGUCCUUCUGGCCGCGCGUCAUGGAGGAGAUUCGCAAUCUCACCGUGAAAGACUUCAGAGUUCAAGAACUUCCCCUGGCUCGGAUUAAGAAGAUAAUGAAACUAGAUGAAGAUGUGAAGAUGAUUAGUGCUGAAGCCCCUGUGCUGUUCGCCAAGGCAGCUCAGAUCUUCAUAACGGAGCUGACGUUGCGAGCGUGGAUCCACACUGAAGACAACAAGCGCCGGACUCUGCAGCGCAAUGACAUCGCCAUGGCAAUUACAAAGUUUGAUCAAUUUGACUUUCUCAUUGAUAUCGUUCCAAGAGAUGAACUGAAGCCUCCAAAGCGCCAGGAGGAGGUGCGCCAGGCCGUGACGCCCGCCGAGCCCGUGCAGUAUUACUUCACUCUGGCUCAGCAGCCCGCUGCAGUGCAGGUCCAGGGCCAGCAGCAGGGCCAACAGACCACCACGUCCACGACCACCAUCCAACCAGGGCAGAUCAUCAUCGCGCAGCCCCAGCAGGGCCAGAGCACUCCGGUGACGAUGCAGGUCGGGGAGGGCCAGCAGGUGCAGAUCGUGCAGGCGCAGCCGCAGGGACAAACGCAGCAGGCCCAGAGCGGCACGGGCCAGACCAUGCAAGUGAUGCAGCAGAUCAUCACCAACACGGGAGAAAUCCAGCAGAUCCCGGUUCAGUUGAAUGCUGGCCAGCUGCAGUAUAUCCGCUUAGCCCAACCCGUGUCAGGCACCCAGGUAGUCCAGGGGCAGAUCCAGACGCUUGCAACCAAUGCACAGCAGAUAACACAAACAGAAGUCCAGCAGGGACAGCAGCAGUUCAGCCAGUUCACAGAUGGACAGCAGCUCUAUCAGAUCCAGCAAGUGACCAUGCCUGCAGGCCAGGACAUCACCCAGCCCAUGUUCAUCCAGUCCACCAACCAGACCUCCGACGGCCAAGCCACGCAAGUGACGGGGGACUGA